AUGGCCUCCACGGACUCGUCGCCGCUCCUGCAGCCGCUAAGCGCGGCUCAGAGUCCGUCACCGUUGGGUCCCACCGCCUCGUCCGUUCCCAAGACCUUCCUCUCUCACGCAUCCAGCCAGACGGAAAAAGGUUCCGCCUUCUCGUCUUUCCUCGGUCUCGCCACGACCAUGACAGGAGCCUGUAUCCUGACUCUCCCAGGCAUCGUCCAAGCAGCAGGUCCCGUCCCGGCUCUGUUUCUGCUCGUCAUGAGUGCGUGGAUGGCGUUUCGUGCCUGUGAGAUGCUCACUGUGAGCUGUGCCGCGACGGGUGCGUACUCGUACGAGGCGCUGAGCUCUCGUCUCUUUGGAGCUGCAGGUGUGUGGGCCGUGCGGCUACUAACGCUCGCGCUAUUGUUCGGCGCUAUUGUGAGCUACAUGGUGAUUGCUAUGGACCUCUUUGAGCCUUUUCUAGUGGACGUUCUGACUCGUCAAACCAUUGGUCUGCUCUUCUUGCUCGUGGCUAUCCCCUUGUGUCUGCCGGACACCAUCUACGCGCUCCGGUUCGCCAACAUUGCAGUACUGCUGUGUCUACUCUACAUCCUUGUGGCGAUCGGUAUCCGGACGAUGUCUAGAGAUCCCGAGUUUGCUGCACACAUUCCGAGAAAUCCAGCAGACGAGUUUGAUUCCGAGUUUGCAGCGCUGGCGUAUGCGCUUCCCAUUGUCAUGCUGAGUUUCGUGUGCCAGCUGAACGUACCACGUGCGUACCAGGAGAUUCGUGACAAGACGCAGAUGACACUCGUCCACAAGGCACUGGUGGCAUGGGGACUCUGCAUCUAUCUCUUCUUUGCCUUUUUAGGCUAUGUGUGUUUCCGUGGAAAACCACCGAGCAAUAUCCUAACGGGGUUCGCAGCAGAUGACCAUCUCAUUAACGGUGCACGUCUUGCGCUUGGUAUCGGCAUGGUGCUCAAGACGCCAAUGACAUUCCAGCCGCUGCGUCAACUCGCGGAACUCUGCUGUUUAGGCCACGACCGCAAGAGUCUACCAUUCCGAACGGCAAUUACGGUCGUCUUCCUGUUUGUCGCACAUUUGCUCUCGCUAUUCUCGCGUAGUUUAGGCACUGUCAUGGCUUUUGUCGGAUCCGUGUCGGGCAUUUCACUGGCAAUCACCGUUCCUGGACUCUUCCUGUACGAAAUAGCGCGUGGGUAUCUUGUGGAACGCGACGCUUACUACUCGCCGCGACUGGCACUUAUUUUUGCCUACAUGGGUGGCAUCUUCUCGGCAGCUUCACUCACCUACCUGUCGUACAAUGCGCUCGUGGGCUGA